UUUUAUGCACCUUGGUGUGGCCACUGCAAGAAACUGGAGCCUGUGUGGAAUGAAGUGGGUAUAGAAAUGAGAAACAUGGGCUCUCCAGUAAAAGUUGGGAAGAUGGAUGCAACUUCCUUUUCUACUUAAAAGGUGACUUGGCAUACAACUACAGGGGACCUAGAACCAAAGAUGAUAUAAUAGAAUUUGCUAAUAGAGUGGCAGGACCUCUUAUCAGGCCACUUCCUAGCCAACAUAUGUUUGACCACGUGCAAAAGAGACAUCAUGUACUUUUUGUGUAUGUUGGUGGUGAAUCUCCUUUAAAGGAAAAAUACAUUGAAGUUGCUUCAGAACUCAUAGUUUAUACAUACUUUUUUUCUGCCUCAGAAGAUGUGCUGCCUGAGUAUGUGAUGUUACCUGAAUUGCCUGCUGUUGUGGUCUUCAAAGAUGGAACUUACUUUGUUUAUGAUGAGUAUGAAGAUGGUGAUUUGUCGUCCUGGAUAAAUAGGGAAAGAUUUCAAGGUUAUCUUCAUGUAGAUGGCUUCACACUAUAUGAACUUGGAGAUACAGGAAAACUUGUGGCUAUUGCAGUCAUUGAUGAUAAAAACUCUUCAGCGGAACAUACCAGACUAAAAUCUAUUAUUCAGGAAGUUGCUAGAGAUUAUAGGGAUCACUUUCACAGGGAUUUCCAGUUUGGCCAUAUGGAUGGAAAUGAUUACAUUAAUAGUUUACUAAUGGAUGACUUGACAAUCCCUACUAUUGUUGUAUUGAAUACCUCCAAUCAGCAGUAUUUCCUACCAGAUAGGCAUAUUGAGAACACAGAAGACAUGGUUCAGUUUAUUAACAAUAUCUUGGAUGGUACUGCUGAAGCACAGGGUGGUGAUGGACUUCUGCAACGAAUCAAGAGAAUAAUCUAUGAUGCCAAGUCUACUGUAGUGUCUGUGUUCAAGAGUUCACCACUUCUGGGAUGCUUUCUGUUUGGGUUGCCCUUGGGGGUCAUCAGCAUUAUGUGUUAUGGAAUCUGCACAGCUGAUACAGAUGGAGGGGUAGAUGAACAUGAGGCAGCUAAAAAGGAAAAUGGUGAUCGGGAGCUCACAGAUGAAGGCAGUGAGGAAGAGCAAGAGGAGGAAAAGAAUGGAAAAUAUACAGAACUUUCAGAUGGAGAAGUGAAACAGAAAGACAUAAUGGAAAAGAAAAAAGACUAACCUUUUGAACAAAAGAAUUCUCUAGAAUUUCCAAAUAGACUUAUUUAUUGAAGGUAGUCAUUUAUCGAUGAUCUUCAUGAAAGAGGACCUUUCUGUUUAUAUUAUGGUAGUUUUGACUUGCAUGUAUUCAAAUUUUCUCAGAAAUUGAUAGGUAAAAAAAUACGGAUGUUCUCUUAAUUGUCUUUAACAGAUCAAGAAAACACAAUUUAAACUGAUAAGAUUUGCAGGUACAGUUCUGCACUGUUUUUGUUUUGUUUGUUUUUUUUUUUUAAGAGUUUUGAAUUGUUCAUUUUCAGAACAGUGAGAUAAAGUUACUUGACCUUAGUGUACAUGAUGAACUACUACUAAUACAGCCCAACUGAAUACUCAUUCAUGUAAAACUAAGGCUGAAAAUUAAGAAAGGUAAGUUAAGGUAUCUGUAAAGUCUUUCAGAGCCUGAUAGCUGAAGACAACUUAGAGGUUUCGAAGAGGUCACGUUAUACUUGUUGCACAUAAUUUUGGAAAAAAAAAAAAAAUCCAAACCACCCUAAACUUUUCUAUUUUCUCAAGUGAAAUGUAAAUUGUUAGGAAUUAGAGGACUGUUUUACCAUGUAGUAAUAUAAUUGCUGGCAGUCAAGAAUGUUUACUUGACAUAGGAUGUGACAGUUAGAUGCUAAAUUAAGUCUUAUUAGGGCUGUAGCAGCUAAAAAUAUUGGAAAAGUUCAUUAUAAAACUUUUAGCCUGUUAAAUUAUUUUGUAUGAGUGUUUACACAAACUUACAGUGCAAAUGAUAUUUAAGUUUUCUGAAUCUGCAGUACAACUUGAUAAAGGAAGACAAACACCCUUUAUUUUUCAGUAACUUUCUAAUGACAAGCUUUUUGAAUGGUGUUUCAUAGAAUCAUAGAAUAGUUAGGGUUGGAAAGGACUUUAAGAUCAUCUAGUUCCACCCCCCCUGCCAUGGGCAGGGACACCUCCCACUAAACCAUCUCACCCAAGGCUCUAUCUGACCUGGCCUUGAGCACUGCCAGGGAUGGAGCAUUCACAACUUCCCUGGGCAACCCAUUCCAGUGCCUCACCACCCUAACAGUAAAGAACUUCUUCUUUAUAUCCAAUCUAAACUUCCCCUGUUUAAGUUUGAAUCCAUUACCCCUUUUCCUAUCACUACAGUCCCUAGUGAAGAGUCCCUCUCCAGCAUCCUUGUAGGCCCCCUUCAGAUACUGGAAGGCUGCUGUGAGGUCUCCACCCAGCCUUCUCUUCUCCAGGCUGAGCAGCCCCAACUUUCUCAGCCUGUCUUCAUAGGGAAGGUGCUCCAGUCCCCUGAUCAUCCUUGUGGCCCUCCUCUGGACUUGUUUCAACAGUUCCAUGUUGUUUUUAUGUUGAGGACACCAGAACUGCACACAAUAUUCCAGGUGAGGUCUCACGAGAGCAGAGUAGAGGGGCAGGAUCACCUCUCUUGACCUGCUGGUCACGCUCCUUUUGAUGCAGCCCAGGAUAUGGUUGGCUUUCUGGGCUGCGGGUGCACACUGAAGCCAGCUCAUGUUCAUCUUCUCAUUGAGCAGCACCCCCAAGUCCUUCUCCGCAGGGCUGCUCUGAAUCUCUUCUCUGCCCAAAUUUGUUUAAUUUGCCAAAUUUGUUUAAUUCAGGUUGAUAUGUAUAUUUUUUAGGUAGUUGGCGUUGGUAUUUUUGUUUGAGACUGUUACAUACUCUGGAGUUAACAGAGCAUAAUACUAGUAGAUAUUGGUCAGCGUAAUGCAUUUUUGUUACCUGUUUCAUUAUAGAAGUCACUUUUAGUACAACCCGCGUGACUGUUAAAAGGAUUAGUUUGUGUCCAGGGUUAAAAUCUCCAAGUGUAUGCUAUAAAGCAGACUUUGGCAUUGAUGUCUUGGAGGGUAUUACGGAAAAAUAAUCCUAACAUUGCUCUUCAUAAGUAUUUGUCAUGGGGUUUUUCUCUUUUUUUUUUUUUUUUAAUGUUGUAUGCCUGUAUAAUACAGAUUAUAAUGCUCUCCUUACAAGGCAGCUUGAUCACGUAAGAAAUUCCUAUGCUAUAGCACUAAAUUAAGGAAUAUUAAGUAAAAAAGAUGGGUAAGCUUAAAUAGAGAAGUUCUGUGUUUGAGUAAACCUGAUGAUGAUAAUAUAAAUCAUAGCCAGGGAAAAUGUGUUGCAGCCUUUUUCCUUGUAGGAAAGAAACUUGUUUCUUCUGUUUAAGUAGCUUGGUAACAGCUGGCUUCAUGUUGCAGUGCAGAGUACAGUAAGCAGAUCCCUGACUUCAAAGAUUUUUGUUACCAGACAGUAUAAGCAACAUCUAAGGAGGUUAGGGUCUUUUGUUUUGUUUUGCCCUUUUUUUUUUUUUUUUUUAAAUUCUGUGUCUGAUUUUAUGUCCAACCUUUUUCCUUUUGAAAGGGGAAAAACAUGAGUUCAUGAAAUACUGAGUAGCAGGUGUUUGAUAUGUUCGGGUUUUUCUUCCCCUUUUCUUCUUUUUCCUUCUAUAAAUUGCCUUUUUUCAUUUUUUUUUUAUCAUUAUAGCUAUUUGUACAUAGUGACUUGAGUUUUCUUGUUUUUUGAUUUUAGGGUUUUGGUUUUUUUUUGGCAGAAUCUUUGAAGUGUAGUUUUAGUGUAUAUUUGAAAAAUGAGAUGCUUAAGAAUGUGUUUAGAAAGAGGGUUUUUUUAACAUAGUGUAGAGAUAUUGGGUUGUUUUAAAAAGAUUCUUCUUUAAAAAGUUCCUUUGUACUUGAGCACAGCUCAGUGCUGAUAGUCAAAAUGUAGGACUGUUAAGGCAGUAAUAUAUUUUCUUGAUUUGUCUCUUAAGGUUGCAGUUACAGAUCAGUUACGUAUUUAAUUUUGGCUGAGGCUGGAAACCUGCAGCUUUUGACUUAAUAAAAACACUGAAAUGGUCAAUGGAAUGUUGCUGUUCCUUCUAUGGUGUGUAAUAAAUUCUGAAUUCUGCUGCACUGCUAAGAACUGUUUCAACUAUGAGCCUUCAUUUUCUGUUGUUAUUUUUGUUUGUGUUUAUAAUAAGUAGUAGCCAAAUAACUUGCUGAGCAAUCUUCUGAGAUGUGGACCUGAAUAUGAUAAAUACUGUGUAAGAAAUGGAUCACAAUGGGAUCUGUUAAAACUGAAACACUUAACUACUAGAGUUAGAAGGAAAGCAUGUGUCUCAGUCACUUCUGAACUGCAGUUUAAUCAAUUAGAUAUGUACUGAACUGUUGGAAAUUAAAUUUGAAGUGUACUGCCAUUUUCACCAAACCCUUCUCCCAGCUAUAUUCAACAAGACACAGGGAGAAGAAGAGUGUACAAGACUGGGUGCCAGAUGUAAUGUGAAAUUAAGGGGUUUGCUGUGGUGAUGCAGAUAAUCGAGUGCUGCCUGAGGGGGAAUGUGGCAUUUUAUUGUUUUCUUCAGUUUUUAAAGUUUCUUGAAGCUACUUCACUGUAAUAACAUCAAAUUCACAAAAUAAUGCUGCUUUUUUAAGUCAAGUGUAAGCCUUUUGUUUUUAUGUAAUAAAAAUAUUCAAAAUA